AUGACCAUUGAAUUAGUUUCACAACGAGAAUAUCAAAUGUUCAAUAGUGUUGAUCGUCAUCAUGGGCAUAUAUGGCAAAAUUUAUUGAAAAGUUGUUUUGGUGCUCAAACUGACGAUUGCUUAUUAAAUGAAGACGGUUCGCUUAUUGACGCAAAUCGUCUACGACGAACUAUCAGUAAUGAGCAACAAUCACAUAAAAAACGUCAUAUAACAUGGCCUUAUCUAUUGAACAUUUAUUCAUCAUCAAUGACCAAUUCAGAUAAAAGAAUCUAUCGAAAUGGAGCUAAAAUUCGCUACAACAAAUUGAAGCGAGCAUGGCAAGAGCGCGUUUCUCAAGGAGAUUCAUUUUAUGUAAAACUAGCCGAUACAAUAUUAAAAGAUGUUCGGCGUACUGAUCGACAUAUAAAAAUUUUCAAAAAAAAGAAACAACAAUUGUUCAACAUAAUGAUGACAUAUAGUGUCUAUCAUCCCAGUCCAGGCUAUAGUCAAGGUAUGACUGAUAUGUUAACUCCAAUUUUUUAUGUAUUAAUGAAUGAAUGCCUGAGUUAUUUUGCAUUUUGUUCAUUAAUGACUCGUUAUAUGAGUUCACUCUUUGAUCGGGAUCAAACUGAAAUUUAUCGUCGUAUUCGUUUAUUUACUUCAAUAUUUCGUUCGAUUGAUAAUGAACUUUGGAAUAAAAUACAUUUUCAUGAAGAAGAUAACUUCUAUAUUUAUCGCUGGUUAUUACUUGAUUGUAAACGAGAAUUUUCUCAGUUUGAUCAUGUUCUUCGUGUACUCGAACUUGUUUGGAUUCAUACAAUGUCUCCGUUGGCUGAUUCACAAGCAAAGUCAAAUGCUCGAUCACUUUUUACAAUAUUCGUUUGCAUAUCAAUUCUACAAGAAGAUCGUCGAAUAAUUCUGUCGUGCUCAAAUGAAGAAGAUUUGCAUAAAUAUUUUUUUUCUUCAUCAUCAUCUUCAAGGUCUCAUCGUUCAACGAAACGAAUUUUACAACGGGCACAAUUAUAUUAUUCGAAUUACAAAGCAUCACAGAAAUGA